CGGAAAUAAACUGUUGUUCUGUUCCCACCGCGCUGUCUGAAGGAUCUAUUACAUUGGCGACGAGGCGAAUCGACGGACGGGCGAGUCCCGGUCGAGUAAGGCAAGAUGUCGGUCGGCAGGAUCGGCGAAUAUCGUCUCGGCACGAAUGCGUCCUGGGAUGAAUACGUCGAACGGCUAGAGAUCUGCGCUGCAAACAAGAUAACCACGGACGAGCAAAAACGAGCGGUUCUGCUGAGUUGUUGCGGCGAGGACACUUACGGGCUGAUCGUGACCUUGGUCAAGCCAGCAAGACCGACGGCGGCGAGCUACGACGACAUCAAGGGGGCGGUGCGGAAGCACAUGCAUCCAAGGCCUUCGGAGCUGUACGCAAGAUUCUUAUUCUACCGAAGAAACCAAGCUCAGGGUGAGGCGGCGUCGGAGUAUGUUACGGCACUCCGUAAGCUGGCUGAAGACUGCGGUUUCGGUGACAAACAGCUUCCACUGGACGUCAUGAUGAGGGACCGGAUCGUAUGCGGAAUCAAGAAUGAAGCGGUUCAACAGCGGCUGCUCGCAGAACGCGACCUGACGUUCGAGGUGGCGUACGACAUGACGCUGACGGCGGAGGCAACGGAGAAGCAGCAGCGCGAUAUACGCAAGCAAGCUCAAGACGGAACCAAAGAAAGCGAGGGUCUGGUUCAAGCGACACGCAUGAAACUGGACACCAAGGCGGACGACGUCAGCUGCUUCCGCUGCAACGGUAAGCACGCUCCGCAUGUAUGCCGUUUUAGAAAGGCUGCUUGUUUCAAAUGCAAAAAGGUUGGACACGUGGCAAAAGCUUGUCGUUCAAAAGACGAGAAUCGGACGCCGCGGAAGCCAACUGACCUGCGCAAGCGGGAGGAAAAAAACAAGGGCGUCUAUGAAAUGAGCGCAUUGUUUUCUGUAUGCGAAGUGCGUGAACAGGCUGAAAAGUUCAUGGUAGAAGUGCACAUUCAAGGAGAGAAAGUUCCGAUGGAAGUCGAUUCAGGAGCAUCUUGCUCGAUUGUGAGUGAAGAGACGUUUCGGUUGAUCGAGAAGAAUCGAGGCCAGAUACCGCUGCAAGAAGCCGGCACAAAGCUUGUAACCUGGUCGAAUGAAUCAUUGUCCGUGGUGGGUCGGGCAAACGUGGAAGUGAAAUUCAAAGGCUGUAGAGCAGAGCUACCUUUAGGCGAUGCGGUGACCAUGUAUCGGUAUGAGGCACAGGCUCUCGGGAAGCAACAGUUCAGCCCUUACAUUUCAUCGAUCGCGCCAAAGAAAAUGUUCGGUUCUCAAUUUCAGCUUUUCUUAUUCAUUUAUUCUCUUUGUGCGAAUCUAUAUUGA